CGGCCGGCGUGGGUGACAUGUUGAUGGCGACGGUCAAGAAGGGCAAGCCGGAGCUGAGGAAGAAGGUCCACCCGGCAGUGGUCAUUCGGCAGCGGAAAUCGUACAGGAGAAAAGAUGGUGUGUUCCUCUACUUUGAAGACAAUGCGGGAGUGAUAGUAAAUAAUAAAGGUGAAAUGAAAGGCUCUGCCAUCACAGGCCCCGUGGCUAAGGAGUGUGCGGAUCUGUGGCCCAGGAUAGCCUCCAAUGCAGGAAGCAUCGCGUGAGUGCGUUCGUCUUUGGAGAGAUAAAAUAAAAGUCCUUGUACCA